AUGGAGCUGAGCAAUGAGAUUGACGUACAGAGAUUGAGUGGCGCAUUGACAAAUGCUGUAUAUGUUGUCUCACCUCCCAAGAACUUACCGGCACAGGAGCAGAAUGAGGACGGUCCGCCCAAGCCUAGGAAUCCUCCACCAAAACUUCUCCUGCGUAUCUAUGGUCCACAAGUGGAGCAUCUGAUAGACCGAGAGUCUGAGUUACAGAUUCUGACACGACUUGCUCGCAAGCGCAUCGGUCCGCGUCUGCUUGGUACCUUCACCAACGGACGAUUUGAGGAAUUUCUCCAUGCAAAGCCACUCACAUCCAAAGAACUGCGUAAUGCAGACACCUCAAAGCAGAUUGCAAAGCGUAUGCGAGAGCUUCAUGAAGGCAUUGACCUACUAAAGGAGGAGCGAGAGGCUGGCCCAUUUGUCUGGCAGAACUGGGACAAGUGGGUCGAGCGCUGCGAAUACAUCGUUACUUGGCUUGAUCAGCAGAUCCGUGAGGCCAAGCAGAACGCAACACCAUCAUCUUCCGACAAAUGGAAGAAACUGGGAUAUGUCUGCGGUACGGAGUGGCCAGUCUUUAGGCAGAUGAUUGAGAAGUAUCGAAGGUGGUUGGAGGAACAGUAUGGCGGCAUUGACAAGAUCAACGAGCGAAUGGUCUUUGCGCACAACGACACCCAAUACGGAAACAUUCUACGUAUGGUACCACAAGGCGAGUCGCCACUGCUGCUUCCGGCAAACCAGCACAAGCAGCUAGUGGUCAUCGAUUUUGAGUAUGCAAACGCAAACCUUCCCGGCCUCGAGUUUGCAAAUCACUUCACUGAAUGGACAUACAACUAUCACGACGCAGAGGUUCCUUGGCGCUGCAACACCAAGUACUAUCCGACCAUCGAAGAGCAGCAUAGAUUCAUUCGAGCGUAUCUUAUGCACAAUCCUUCAUACAAGGCAUCUGGUGGUUACACAUCAAACCCUGCGACCCCGCAUCUUGGCCCACUCCCCUCGACAGGUAGCACGACUGCCCUAACUGCUACCGCAGUCCCUACCAAUAUCUCUACUUUCAUGCUUGACUCGCGAGCUCCACCCGGUGAGAAGUAUCAGGAACAGGAAAUGCAGUCCGAGCGCCAGAUCGAAGAAGAGACACGCCGUCUGCUAGCUGAGACAAAGCUUUGGCGUCUGGCAAACUCUGCAAUGUGGGUUGCUUGGGGUAUAGUUCAAGCUCACGUGCCCGGCCUUCCCGACUUCGAUGCCGAGGAGAAGAAGGCAGCCGAGAUUCAGAACGAAGAGGCAGUCGUACUGGACGGUGUCACAGCAGAGAUCAAGGCGGAGGCAGAAGCAGAGAAGCAGGGGGCAGGGAUCGAUGAGGAAGAGUUCGAUUAUCUCGCUUAUGCUAAUGAUCGUGCAAUGUUCGUCUGGGGCGAUGCACUACGCAUGGGCAUGGUGGACAUGAAGGACUUGCCUGAGGAGCUGCAGAGCAGAGUCAAGCUUGUGGAGUACUAA